CUUCAUCAUCCUCAUUCUCUUAUCCAUCAAUCGUUACUUCGUUUCUUCUCUAUCACCAGGAAAAAAGAAGAAGAUAGCUCCUGAAGACAAAAAUGGCGGUUUCUCUCCCGAACUCGUUUCUUCAGAUUAGCCCAUGUGUUCCUUCUCUGCAAUUAAGAAAGCCGGUGAUGGCGGCAGUGAAAGGAGGAAAACAAUCGGUGAGAAGAAGCAGCAAUACGGUGGUUCAGAUAACGUGUCGUAAGAAGGAAUUGCAUCCUGAAUUCCACGAAGACGCAAAGGUUUACUGCAAUGGAGAGCUGGUGAUGACUACAGGAGGAACAAAGAAAGAGUAUGUGGUUGAUGUAUGGUCAGGUAACCAUCCGUUUUACCUCGGGAAUCGUUCGGCUUUGAUGGUUGAUGCUGAUCAAGUUGAGAAGUUUCGUAAGAGGUUCGCUGGGCUUUCUGAGAUUAUGGAGAUUCCUGUGCUUAAAGGAGAAAUCAUUAUGCCUACUAAGAAAAGUAAAGGUCCCAAAGGGAAGAAGAAAUGAUGAGUCUUUUCUGGUAAAGCUUAUGUCUUUGAAUUUGUUGUCUUUUCAAUUGAAGUCGAGAUACUGCUUAGGCUGUUAAAAAUUGUAUGUGAAUUUUCUUCUGAAUGCUAUUGGUUAUGCUUUCUUUAAGAUCUAUUUGGUUUCAUUGAGAGUGAGACUAGGAUCUCAGAGCAAUGAUACAAGUAGUAGCGAAUCUCAAGGACAAAUCUUUAGCUUGUGAGUUUGGCAUGAAUUUGUGAUGGAUAAUAGAUAGAUAUACACUGGUGAGAGAAACAUAGCAACAAUGCCUAUGAAAUGGUAAUUGCAAAUGAAAGAAAGGUUG